UUCCAGAUUCUUUCUCCAUUAAGGAUCACUUUUCAACAAAAAUUGUUUCUUCCCACCAAGAGUCCCCCUUUUUGUAGUCUCUUUCUGCUGAUAACAGACCAACUCGGUUCUUCCAAUAUCUCAUGUGAUACUUGUUUUUCCAACCCUUUUCAGCAAAAAUCCUUUUUCAUCACCAGUUCUACCCCAAUUAGGCUUUUCCUGGCAAAACCCUCCAGGUCCCUUACCACGGAAGGACAAUAAGGAAAGGAAGAAAAAAAUAGAUUUCCCUUAACAACAAAGCCCCUGUACCAUCUAGAUUGCCCAGAUUUAGUAUUGCUUUCCUCCUCCUUCCAAAUAUUGCCCAUCUUUCCCAAUAUCACACCUGUGUGCUUGCUUCUUUGGGGACCCAAGUUCUGAAUGCCUCUUCCUUUCCACCACCUGCUUUCAGGGCAAAAGAAGUUGGAUGAGUGUCCUGAAUUUACUACCCAGAAUUCCAGGAGGAAAUAGCCAGUGGUCUGCCGAUUGCCUGAAUCCCCUCUCUGAGGGGCUUAACCUGGGCCCUCCUGUUCCCUGGAGAUUCACUCGUUUGCUCUUCUCCUGGAAUUAGACAGCACCAAGAGCUUUUACUCCCUGACUCCUUACACAGCCUUGCUUGUCUGGAGAGUAGCUCUUGGCCAAGACCUGGCAGUGGAGAGCCAUGGACCAGUACAGCCUCGGGGAUGAGGGUGCCCUCCCUCCAGAGAUGCAUCUCCCUUCGUUUUCCGAGAGCCUCAAUUGCAGCGACACCCUCAACCGGGAUCUGGGUCCCAGCACACGAGACCUGCUCUAUGCUGGCCUGAGUGGUUUGGACCUGGACCCCAGCCUCCCAACGCCCGACAUGACCAGUGAGGUGCUGGAGGACAACUUAGACACCCUGUCCCUCUACUCAGGGAAGGACAGUGACUCUGUGAAGCUGCUGGAGGAGUUCGCAGACCCGGAAUCUCAGGCUUCCUUACAAGACCUUGGGCUUGGUGCCCUCAAGGUACCUAAGGAGGCUGAUGAUGGAGGCAGGGCCACCUGUGGGAGCGCCAGGAAAGGCAAGCGGCAGCACGCUUCCCCCCAGAACCCGCUCCUGGACUGCAGCCUCUGCGGGAAGGUUUUCAGCAGCGCCAGCUCCCUGAGCAAGCACUACCUGACACACAGCCAGGAGAGGAAGCAUGUCUGCAAGAUCUGUGGCAAGGCCUUCAAGCGCCAGGACCACCUGACCGGGCACAUGCUCACCCACCAGAAGACCAAGCCGUUCGUGUGCAUGGAGCAGGGCUGCAGCAAAAGCUACUGUGACUACCGCUCCCUGCGCCGCCACUACGAGGUGCAGCACGGCCUGUGCAUCCUGAAGGAGGCCCCCCCGGAAGAGGAGGCCUGCGGGGACUCCCCGCAGGCCCACGAAGCAGCCAGCCAGCCUGCGCCCGCUGGCCUGCGUGCCCCAGCACCCCCGGAAGCCCGGUCCCCCGGCUCCCUCUUGCCCAACCGAGACCUCCUGCGCUGCAUCGUCAGCAGCAUUGUCCACCAGAAGAUUCCCUCGCCAGUCCCGGCCGCCGCAGGGCCCGCAGACGGCGGAGAGGGCAGGACUGUGGCCUGUCUCUGUGCACCCUCUUCCGGGGCCGCCUCCUGCACCUCAGCAGGCAUCCCUGCGGCUCCUGGGAACCUGAGCACGGACGUUCCGGAGGAACCUCGCCCCCUGCGGAAGGAGCCUGCCGCUGCCAUGUUCACGGCUGUGCACUCGAGAGGCGUGGAAAACGGCGGCUCCGACUCCGCUGAGUCCGAGCCGGUGCUCCCGCUGCCGCCCAGCCUGGAGGGCUGGCCUGAGGGUGGUCCCCUGCCUGCCUGCCUCCCUCUUUUCCGAGGCCAGACUGUCCCUGCCAGUUCCCAGCCAGCUGGCCACAACUUCCAGUGGCUCCGGAACCUGCCUGGCUGCGCCAAGAGCAAAGGGAACAACGUGUUCAUGGUCCACAAGACCCCGUCGAUGCCGUCCCGGGAGGGUGGCGAGUCAGGCCCGGGGCCCAGCAGCAUCUCCCCCGCAGGGGAACCCUCGCCCAGCCCAGGGACCGUCAAUCUGGAGGACACAUUGCCCUUCCCUGCCACACUCUUGAAGGCGCCUGGGGAAGCCUCCGGUGAUCCCCGAUACGCCGGUGGGGAAGACGACGCCUGGGUUUCCAAGAAGAGCAAGUUUGACUGUGACUCCUUCUCGUGGCAAAACCCCGGGGAGCCGGGCCUUCAGGAUGCCCAGAAGCUGAGUGGGCUCCCGUCGGACGGCACGCCUCUCUUCCGGCAGCUGUUCCUGAAGUCCCAGGAGUCUCUGGUGAGCCACGAGCAGAUGCAGGUGUUCCAGAUGAUUGCCAAGUCCCAGCGGAUCUUCUCCCAGCUCCCUGGGUCUGAGGGCAAGCAGGCUGCCCUAAAGCCCCUGCCGGGGCCCUGGCCGCAGCAGCCAACGCCGCUGGCACCCCCCGUCGACUCUCUCCAUGCUGGCCCCGGAAACCUGGAGCCAGAGGGGUCCCCAGCCCGCAGGAGGAAAAUCACGCCUGUGUUCCCCAGGGAGGCCUCCCCGGCCAGCACCAGACGGGACUCAAAGGGAGGACCUAAAGGGGCCAUCGCUCCACCGUCGCUCACGGCCUCAUCAUUGGACACCCCCGGCAAUCCAGACAUCUCCUCUCUGGCCAAGCAGCUGAGAUCCACAAAAGGGACCUUGGACCUGGGGGACAUCUUCUCCCCUGGGGGCACACGGCAGACCCAGUUAGGUGGGGAGGAACCCUUCGGAGCCCCACUCUCAGGGAAGCAGGCCCAGGCGGAGAACAGCACGUCAUUAGGGGCCACAAAAGGGGAAAAGAGCCAGGCCUGCGCCCGGGGCGGAGGCUACAGGCUCUUCUCCGGCAACCCCAGGUCCCAGCGCUUCUCAGGCUUCCGGAAGGAGAAGGUGAAAAUGGAUAUGUGCUGCACAGCCUCCCCGAGCCAGGUAGCCAUGGCCUCCUUCUCCUCGGCCGGGCCCCCAGCAGAGCCACCCCAGGACUCCAAGUCCAAGCUGACCAUUUUCAACAGAAUCCAGGGUGGAAAUAUCUACCGGCUCCCCCAUCCGCUGAAGGAGGAGAACGUGGCAGGUGGAUGCGACCAGUGGCCAUCACCUCGAGGGAAGCAGGAGCAGCAGGUGUUUGGCACGGAGUUUUGCAAGCCACUGCGACAGGUGCCGAGGCCAGAGGGGGAUGGGCAGAGUCCUCCAGGAGCUAAGAAGUCCUUGGACAACACGGCUGUGGCCCCUCCGGGGAUCCCUGUGCCCGUAGCUCCAGGGAACCGACCCGUCGGGAGCACCGCCAAGGGACCAGAGAAAGAUGGGGAAGAGAGAGACAGCAAAGAUGGCAGCCAACACCGGAAGCGGAAGAAGCGCCCCCAGUCCAAGGCAUUGUUCAUCCCUCCUCCACCCUCGUCCUUUGGGGAGCCAGGCCUGGGGGGAUGCCACCAGAGCUGUCUGCGGUCUCCGGUGUUCCUGGUGGACCGCCUCCUCAAGGGACUGUUCCAGUGCUCCCCUUACACGCCGCCCCCCAUGCUCAGCCCCAUCCGGGAGGGCUCAGGGCUGUACUUCAACACCCUCUGUUCCACCUCUGCUCAUGCUGGGCCUGACAAACUCAUCAGCCACAUACGUGAUCAAGUGGACAGCUCUUUCGGCAUUUGCAUGGUAAAGGAUGACACCAAGAUCAGCAUUGAACCACACAUCAACAUAGGAAGCCGGUUUCAGGCUAAGAUCCCAGAGCUCCAGGAGAGAGCGCUGGCAGCUGCUGACGAGCACGUUGCUUCUCUGGUCUGGAAGCCAUGGGGAGAUGUGACGACCAACCCAGAAACGCAGGACAGAGUCACUGAGCUCUGCAACGUGGCCUGCUCCAGCGUGAUGCCGGGAGGGGGUACCAACCUUGAGCUCGCUCUGCACUGCCUGCACGAGGCCCAGGGCAGUGUUCAGGUCGCCCUGGAGACCCUCUUACUGCGCGGGCCCCAGAAGCCACACACUCACCCGCUGGCCGACUACCGCUAUGCAGGUUCUGACAUCUGGACCCCCAUGGAGAAGAGGCUUUUUAAGAAGGCAUUCUGUGCCCACAAGAAGGACUUCUACUUGAUACACAAGAUGAUCCAAACAAAGACUGUGGCCCAGUGUGUGGAGUAUUAUUACAUCUGGAAAAAAAUGAUCAAGUUUGAUUGUGGUCGAGCCCCAGGACUGGAAAAGAGGGUCAAGAGAGAGCCAGAUGAGGCAGACAGGACAGAAGCAAAGGUCACUUGCAGCCCUCGGGAGAGACCCAGCCACCGUCCUACCCCUGAGUUCAAGAUAAAGACCAAGAGUUACAGGAGGGAGUCCAUUCUCAACUCCAGUCCGAAUGUCGGCCCCAAGCGGACCCCAGAGCCACCGGGGAGUAUGGAGGGCCAGGGUGUCUUUCCCUGCAGAGAAUGUGAGAGGGUGUUCGACAAAAUCAAGAGUCGAAAUGCCCACAUGAAGCGCCACCGGCUUCAGGACCAUGUGGAGCCCAUCGUCAGGGUGAAGUGGCCCGUGAAGCCCUUCCAGCUGAAGGAGGAAGAGGAGGAGGAAGAGGAGAUAGGGGCUGACAUCGGCCCCCUGCAGUGGUGAUUGGGGCGGGGGCGGGGGCUGGGGCGAGGCCGCAAGUCUGGAUGGGGGCCUCCAGCCUCGUCAACUAUGCCCUCGGCCUCUCCAGGGUGUUUGGGGCACCCUUCUGCCUCCCCCCCAUCCUUACUGUCCCUCCCUGGUCAGCCCUGCUCGGAAACAUGGCGGGGAUUUGGCUAGAAGUCGGCAGGAGGAGCUCCAGGUCCUCAGACCACUGUCGGCUGAUGCCAGAGGCUCUGUUCUCUUUAGGUUUUAAUUAGUCUCUCCCUUUCUUUCAGUUCCACUCCUUGGAGAGCAGGGAGGCUUGGGGAGGGAACGAGGUAGAUCUGGGUAGCUCUUAAAUCUUCGCCUCAGUUUUGGGGUUUGGUUACAUUUGUUCGAUAAGGCCAAGACGUAGAGAAUCAGUGGGAAGAUACCUUCAGAUCUCCAACAUGUGGGGCCUCCUCACCGGGGGAGUCUCUGCGUUCCAGAUUCAGUCCCUAGUCUUGCAAUGACUUGUACAUUGUUAGGUUUUUUUUGUACGUGUCGACUUGUAAAUCUUAUUAAAUUGGGUUCUUGAGCAGCUGUC